AUGAAGACUACCUUUGCUCUUUUGGUCACUGGACUGGCCUCUCAGCAGGUCGCUGCCACUUGGAACUUCUUCGACAACUAUGGCACACCCAACUACAGCAACAACAAGUGUAGCGAGAAGCAACAGGGUGGCUUUAACUGGUCUGACCUCAACGACGGUGACUCGGUCAGCAACUACGGAGACUUUGACUUUUCUGGAGGCUGGAAGUGCGCCAACUCUUUUGGCAAGCUUGACUCGUUGACCAAGAGGACUUUUGGCAACAAGUGCAUCAAGAACACGGUCGGCAAGAAGCAGCCUGCUUCAUUCGGCUGCAACAAGCGUGGUUUCUCCAUCAGCCACAUGGACAUUUCUUCCGAGUUUGACGCUGAACUCGAGCUCCACUACACUAUGCAGGACGGGUCUAUUUGCAAGCAGCGCGGCAGCUGCUCAGCUGGUGGAUCGACUCUUCAGAACACCCAGUGCGGUGGUGCCAAAUCCGUCGACAUCUACCUUGGCUCUCACCACAAGGGCGACCAGGACUCGUGCGAGAUUGGUUUCCACAACAUUGGCUUUGACUGCAGCCCCGAGACUCCUUACACCACCCCUACCCCGCCUGAGGUUCCUUCUACCACCAGCCCAGCCGAGUAUCCCACUUCUCCUGCCAAGGAAACUCCCACCCCAGUCCCCAGCACUACUCCUGCCGAUGAGUGUGGACAGUACGGUGGUGAGGGAUGCGGUACUACGUCGGUUCGGAGGCCUACUGGUGGCAUCUGCGAAGGUGGCGACUGCUCCCCUGUUUCUACUCCUGAGGCUUCCACCUCACCCAGCGAGACUCCCACUCCUUCUGCUGACUGCGGACAAUACGGUGGCGAGGGAUGCGACACUCCCAGCGAGACUCCUACCCCCGAGGUUCCUACUUCAGAGACUCUUGUAGAGACUCCCACUGAGACUCCUUCCGAGACUCCUUCCGAGACUCCUUCCGAGACUCCUACUCCAGAUGUUCCCACUUCCAAGAUGCCCGCUUCUUCGCCUGCUCCUUACACCAACACCUCUGCACCUGCAUACACUCCUCCCACUCAGGUUCCUUCUUCGGUUGUUGAGAGCACCACUGCUACUCCACCAGUCGAGAGCUCUGCCACUCCUGAAUGCGGUUACGGCCAGUCUUGCGAGGAGUCAUCUGCUAUUGUCACCUCUGCCGUCCCUAGCAGCGCUGCCACUCCUCUCCCUGCCACCAGCUCUGAGGCUCCCAAGCCAUCAAGCCCCAGCUACCCUCCUGUGGACAUUACCGACUCGGUCCCCAAGUGCAUGAACUCGUGGCUUCAAAUCUCUGCUCCUGGCUGCAAGGACAACACCGACGCCAAGUGCUACUGUGUCAAGCCCGAGUUCACCAAGAAUGUCAUUGACUGCCUUACUGCUCGCUGCGGAAGUGACGACGAUACCCGCAAGGCACUCCAGUACUUCAUUGGUAUCUGCGCUGAGCACAUCCCCCAGAACCCCAACAUUGUCGGUGACUGCCCUUCGUACAUUCCUUUGAACCCUACCCCAUCUCCUCCUGCUGUUCCUACUGGUGGCGCCUCUGCUCCCGUUCCUGGCAGCUCUGUUCCCGCUGCCGCUGAGAGCAGCCCCGUCGCUGUUCCUACUGGUGGAAAGGGCACUCCCGCUCCUUCGGUCCCAGCUGAGACUCCCGCUCCUUCAGCCCCUGCAGAGUAUCCUGUUCCUUCAGCACCUGCUGAAGUUCCGGCUCCCUCGGCUCCCGCAGAGUAUCCCGCUCCUUCAGUCCCCGCUGGAACUCCUGCUCUCACUCCCAUUGCCAGCACUGCCCCCCCUGCUGAGCAAACCCCUUGCACCACCAUCACCUACGGCACAACCACCCUCACUGUGCCCCAGGUCCACUUCACCACCGAGCCCAGCACCCCUGGUGCUCCCCCCAAGCAGCCUGUCGCUCUCGUCCCCGGCACUGCGCCCCCACAGACUCCCGCUACUACUACUCCCGCCGGCGGCGCCGUCCCUCCUCCCUACCCCACUGCCACUACCCUGGGCACUGCCACCGUCCCUAUUGCCUCUGGCACUGGCGGCGUCCGUCCUUCUGCGCCCGCUGAAUUCACCGGCGCUGCAUCGCCCUUCAGCAUGGUACCUCACAGCGCGCUCUUUGGUGCGCUCCUUGCCUUUUUCGCAUUGUAA